AUGUUCAGAAUGAAUAUAGCGAACCUCUUGUAUGUUCUUCCUUUUCCUAGGUUUGGACACCCAAUUGGAGUUUGUCAUCUUUUUUCAAGCAUUGAAGAUUAUUGCAAAGAAGCUCAUUCAAGCUCUGUUCAGUUUGAUGCAUCUAAGAAUGAUCUGGAAUCAUUAACACAUUAUGGUCAGAUGGAUAUGGAGAUUUAUGCCAUUGAUAAAGUAUCACUUCUGGUAAUCCCGUACUUUUGCACCAACGUUGCUCGUCGCUUCUCAUGGGGUCUCGGGAUGAGAUUCUCCGCCAAAUCCGAUCUAUCCACCGGGAACAUGGUUCACGCCUCUUACCUACUCACCUCCGGCGACCUCAGAUUCCUUUUCACUGCUCCUUACUCUCCGUCUCUCACCGCCGGAGAAAUUAAACCGACCGCUACAGCUUCCAUCCCAAGCUUCGAUCACGUCUCUUCCCGCUCCUUCUUCUCUUCGCAUGGUCUCGGCGUAAGAGCUGUUGCGAUUGAAGUAGAAGACGCUGAGUCAGCUUUCUCCGUAAGUGUCUCUAACGGCGCUAUUCCUUCGUCGCCUCCUAUGGUCCUCGAUGGAGGAGCCGUUACGAUCGCUGAGGUUAAACUAUACGGCGAUGUCGUUCUCAGAUAUGUCAGUUACAAAGAGGAUAAAUCCGAAUUCUUGCCAGGAUUUGAGCCUGUGGAGGAUACGUCGUCGUUUCCAGUGGAUUACGGUUUACGGCGGCUUGACCACGCCGUGGGAAACGUUCCAGAGCUUGGUCCAGCUUUGACUUACAUUGCAGGGUUCACUGGCUUUCACCAAUUCGCUGAGUUCACAGCAGACGAUGUUGGAACAGCAGAGAGCGGUUUAAACUCAGCUGUGCUAGCUAGCAAUGAUGAAAUGGUUCUUCUACCGAUUAACGAGCCGGUUCACGGGACCAAGAGGAAGAGUCAGAUUCAGACUUAUCUGGAACACAACGAAGGAGCAGGGCUACAGCAUCUGGCUUUAAUGAGUGAAGACAUAUUCAGGACUCUGAGAGAGAUGAGGAAGAGAAGCAGCGUUGGAGGAUUUGACUUCAUGCCUUCUCCUCCGCCUACUUACUACCAGAAUCUGAAGAAACGUGUUGGCGAUGUGCUCAGCGACGAACAGAUCAAGGAGUGUGAGGAAUUAGGGAUCCUUGUGGAUAGAGAUGAUCAAGGGACGUUGCUUCAAAUCUUCACGAAACCACUUGGUGACAGGCCGACGAUAUUUAUAGAGAUUAUCCAGAGAGUAGGAUGCAUGAUGAAAGACGAUGAAGGGAAGGCUUACCAGAGUGGAGGAUGUGGUGGCUUUGGUAAAGGCAACUUCUCUGAGCUCUUCAAGUCCAUUGAAGAGUACGAGAAGACUCUUGAAGCCAAACAGCUUGUGGGAUGAACAACAAGAAGAAUUAAAGGAAUGUUAUACAAUGUC